UUGACAUACCAUGAGAACCCUUAGCGUCUUGAUUUCUCUGGCAACUCUGUUUGCCUUGUGUGCUGCCCAGCAAACCUUUAGCGCCAAUCACGGAAAGGAGAAUGCCUUCUCGAAGAUCGUUCCCCGUUUGCUGUGGAACAUCAAGCGCGGAGAGCACCAGGAGAGCCAUCGAAACACCCAGCAGCCCAUCAUAAUAGUGCAGCAGCCCAGCCCGAGCUCGGACCACGACUUGGAUAGACACCACCACCACCACCCGCACAACCCGCACUACCCCUACUACCCGUACUACCAGCCACCCCCUCCGCCCAGCCGUCCACCCCCGCAGUUUCCCGGAAUGGAAUACCUGAACAGUGCCGGUGGCGGACCCACCUACUUGAUCAUCAACCCCAACAACAUGCAGGGCAUCUACCUGCCGGCCAGCAGUUCCAACAGCUCCAACUCCACCAGUUCGCGCCGCAGCGCCUUCGUGCCCUCCAUCGCCGAUUUGCUGCAGGGCCUCAGUCUGGACGACCUUGCCGAUGGCAGCCUGUUCGAGGACGACUCCGAAGUGGUGAACGCGGCAGAGGACGCUUCCCAGGCUGUCCAGGCUGCCCAGGCUGACGACGAUCGCGAGGUGGAUGAGAUCAGCGAGGACGUGGUCGAGGCCGUCGAGCGCCAGACCAACCGUGGUCUGAGUCCCAAGCACCUGGUCUCGAUCAUAAUGCAGGACAAGCGGCGUCGCCGCAUCCAGGAGGUUCUGGCCGGCAUCUAUCUGAGGAACUACAGCCUGAACAGAAAGUAA